AGAUUCUUUUCCAACUAGUUUCCAUUUUCAUGCUAAUAAUAACAGGCAGGAUACCAUGAUAUGCUUUACAUUUUUGGGGGUAUUCCUAACGCUGGAGAUGGGGAAGACUCUUUCAAAGGAGCUGGGGCAGCUCAAGCUGAAGUACGAGGGCACGGAGGGGAUGGCUGCUAGCCUUGGUGCUGGUGUAAAGGCUCAGGCAACAGAGCUGCAGCAGAGGGUUGAUAAGGCCGAGGAGGAGAAGAAGGUGCUCGAGGGAAGGCUGAAGGUGGCCGAGCCAAGUUUAACAGCAUUGCAAAGGCUGUCUACUGGGGCCAAAAGGAGGCCGAGAAGAAGGCCAAAACUGCUGCUGCUGAUGCAGUCUUAUCUCUUAUAGAAGGCGGCUGGAAAGCUGAGGAACAUCAGGAGUGGCUCCACGGCUGCAUCUCUGACUGGAGAAAGACGCCGGCGGGGAGCAAGUAUAUGAACACCAAGGGUGAUAUCUAUUUCUCCCUCGAUGAGUACAAUAUGCAGGCACUCAUCUACCCCCGGCUUGCGCGAAAAAUUCCCAACUUCCACCCUGUCGAUUACGGGCUUCCGGAGGAACCUGGAAGAGGAGCUGCAGAAGCUCGUGGAGGAGUAUAGGAAGCAGAAGGUUGUCGACUCUUCGCCAGGGAUCUCUGACGUAGAUACAUAAAUCGCUAGGGAUGCCACGAUCUGCGAACCGAAGUUACCGAACGCUGAGUACCCAAUCGCGGUACGAAAGCGUUCCGGUCGCCAUCUGGAACGCUAAAAGGUACGGUCGUCCAGUCGAUCCCAAUCGCUAUUCCAAACGAUAUUAAUCGCAGUUCAAAAUCGAUUCCCAAGGCUUUUCAAACUCGAUCGAAAACGAAUCUCAGUCAUUCCCAAACAGUUUCUCCUGUGAACGCGUUUGUAAAGGUCGUUUCCCCAUGUCAAUCGUCGUUUGAAAUAUUUGUACAGGUAGGCGCUUCGUUUCAGACGCUGGUAUUAAUAGGUGAAAUAUAAAAUUUUACCUUGCCUAGACAC